GGUCUGAGAGGAGCCAGUGGGGAGCUGUUGAGGCCACCCUGGUGGUGGCAGCGGACCUCUCUCAGGCACGCUGACCGCAGGGCCUCCCCCACCUGCCACGCUGUCCAUGGAGUUUGCUGCUGGAGCCAUCGGAGGCGUCUGCGGUGUUGCUGUGGGCUACCCCCUGGACACGGUGAAGGUCAGGAUCCAGACGGAGCCCAAGUACGCGGGCAUCUGGCGCUGCAUCCGGGACACGUAUCGCCGAGAGCGGGUGUGGGGCUUCUACAGGGGCCUCUCGCUGCCCGUGUGCACCGUGUCCCUGGUCUCAUCCGUGUCUUUCGGCACCUAUCGCCACUGCCUCGCGCACGUCUGCCGGUUCCGGUAUGGCAGCGCCGACGCCAAGCCCGCCAAGGCGGACAUCACGCUCUCGGGAUUCGCCUCCGGCCUUGUCCGCGUGUUCCUGACCUCGCCCACCGAGGUGGCCAAGGUCCGCCUGCAGACGCAGACGCAGACACAGCAGCGGCGCCCCUCGGCCUCGGGGCCCUCGGCUGCUCCCCCCACGGGCCCCGCACCCCCUGUGGGUCGGGCGCCAGGGCCCAAGUACCGCGGGCCGCUGCACUGCCUGGCCUCGGUGGCCCGGGAGGAGGGGCUGCGCGGCCUCUACAAGGGCAGCUUGGCCCUGCUCUUCCGGGACGGUCACUCCUUUGCCACCUACUUCCUCUCGUACGCCAUCCUCUGUGAGCAGCUGACUCCCGCUGGCCGCAGCCGGCCAGACGUCUUGGGCGUACUGGUGGCCGGUGGCUGUGCAGGGGUGCUGGCCUGGGCCGUGGCCACCCCCAUGGACGUGAUCAAGUCGCGCCUGCAGGCGGACGGGCAGGGUCAGCGCCGCUACCGGGGCCUCCUGCACUGCGUGGUGACCAGCGUUCGGGAGGAGGGGCCGAGGGUGCUCUUCAAGGGGCUAUUGCUCAACUGCUGUCGCGCCUUCCCCGUCAACAUGGUGGUCUUUGUCACCUACGAGGCCGUGCUGAGGCUCAUGCGGGGCCCGCUCUCGUAGCUGGUGCCCAUCCCCAGGGGCCAACCCGUCAGCAGCUUCCAGAGGCCGCAGGGGCUGGAGGAGGCGGAGGGGAGUGUGGGGGUCUGGGCGCCAGGGGCCCAUCCCCCAGGACAGCGGGGGCCUCCCACCCAGCGACUGCCCACGAGGAGGUCAAGGGACCCAGGGCCGGCCCGAGGGUCACAGGAGCCCGGGAGAAGCGGGCCUCUGG